AUGGGGUAUAAAGGAGAAGGUCGUCCCUUAGGUAGUCGAGAGACUGCAUUUACUUAUGCCGUUAGUGCUGCAGGGGUGGUGAAUGCCAUCAGUCGUGCUUGCCGUGAAGGAGAGUUGUCCAGCUGUGGCUGCAGUCGGACAGCGCGCCCUAAGGACUUGCCUCGAGACUGGCUGUGGGGUGGCUGUGGCGAUAAUGUGGAGUAUGGCUACCGUUUCGCUAAGGAGUUUGUGGAUGCCAAGGAGAGGGAGAAGAAUUAUGCAAAGGGAUCAGAGGAGCAGGCUCGCAUGCUCAUGAACUUGCAGAACAAUGAGGCUGGCCGCAGGGCGGUAUACAAGCUGGCAGAUGUGGCCUGCAAGUGCCAUGGUGUGUCGGGUUCCUGCAGCCUUAAGACCUGCUGGUUGCAACUGGCUGACUUCCGCAAGGUGGGUGACCUGUUGAAAGAGAAGUAUGACAGUGCAGCUGCCAUGAGGAUCAGUCGCAAGGGCAAGCUAGAGCUGGUAAACAACCGCUUCAACAUGCCUACUCAAGAGGACCUGGUCUAUGUUGACCCCAGCCCCGAUUACUGCCUGCGCAACGAGACCACUGGUUCACUGGGCACUCAGGGCCGGCUGUGCAACAAGACCUCAGAGGGCAUGGAUGGUUGUGAGCUGAUGUGCUGUGGUCGGGGCUAUGACCAGUUCAAGAGUGUGCAGGUAGAGCGCUGCAACUGCAAGUUCCACUGGUGCUGCUAUGUCAAGUGUAAACAGUGCCCAAAGAUCGUUGACCAGUACGUCUGUAAAUGAAAGACCCACCAAAGCAAUAAAUCUAUAUUAUAUAAAUCUAUAAAUAUAUUUUAUAUUUGUAUAAAUAAAUCAAUGAUGAUAAUUAAAGAAGCUUAUUUAAAAGACAUUUUGGUUCUGAACUUUCCCAAUCAGACUGGCUGUUUCUUCGCUUCUUUGAUUCAGCGGGAGAGCAAAAUGAGAAUUCGCCCUUAUGCACAUCUUUCCUAGGAUAUUACAACUGGGGUGAAGGGGCCAAGGAGUUGCUAACAAAGGAACUCCCAACCCUCCCCCCACCACAAUCAGUUCACUCCAGAAGCAAGGGAUUCAUGGCCAGAGAGGAGGUGAAGGGAGGGUUCUUUGCUGUCUCAUCAUGUAAAUGUCAACUGUGUAUGUGGUUUUGGACAUCUGGAGUUACAGCCAGACAUGGGGGAGUUUUUAGAUAUUCUGUUUUCAGCUCUCAAUCCAUUGGAUGAACAACAUGCAGGGACUUGGAGCCAUUUUUUGGUCUCUAUAAAGACGGCACUAGGGCUUUGUCAAACCAGAGAGAAAAGUCACUCAGGUCUCAUGUUCAAGACUACAGAUUAAAAUACAGAGUUCCAUUGACAGUGUUUGGAAUAGAGCAAGGACUCCUGUGUGGUGGUGAAAGGCCACCUGCUCUAGGUGACAAAGGAAGGUAUGAUCUUCUCUGGGAACUACUGCCUUGUCCAGUCUAAGAGAAUCCAGUGUCUUGUUCUUCUGUACCUCUAGGGCAAAAGGGAAAUCUGCUAAAGACCUGCCUGGGCUCAUGUCAAGAAGGAGGGUUUUUUCCCGCUACCAAAGCCAGUUUGUCUUUGUAGAGAAAAGCUAUUAAAUGGACUGUUUGGGAAAGAAAUAUGCUUCAUGUGUCUAUCAGUGAAUGGGGUGAGAGAGAGAUGCGCACAUGCAUACAUACCCAUGCAUAUACACACAUGCACUCGCAGACACACACAAUGGGGACCAAACAAAAAUGCACCUCAGUCCUCACACUAUUGGUAUCUUUUCCCUUUGAAGUGGACACAGAUGGUCACUUUGCCCAGGUCUUUUCAAUCUGUCUGCCAUUUCUGUGGUAGCUGUACAGUUUCCCUCUAGCAUUAAAUGCCCUUCAUUGAGGAUUCUGUCCCUUUUGUGGGUGUGUGGGUUUGGAUGUUUUGUUUUACUCUGUUUUGCUGCUGUUCCUUUUAUAGUUCAGGGGCCAAACUCUUCCCUGGGGUAAACACAUUGCAGUCAGUAUAGUUAUACCAAAGACCAAGAUGUCCCCAGUCUGUGGGAAAGAUGUUCCAGGAGUAAGGUCUUAUCUUGCGCUGUCAUUUAGUGAUAAAGGAGAAAAUAAAAUUGUACCAGGACAGAGGCCCAUUAGCAAAAUCUGUUAAUUUCUUGGAAUUUUACUAGGCUAAAAUUUAUAUAGAUAUGUAGAACAAAUGUAGUUUCUAGUACAGGACAUUUCCUGGGCCUCACACCAUCUGUAGAGCUCAUUUAUAAGCGUAGAGCAAUCAGAGAAGCCAGUCCCAAAAUAUAAACAUUAUUAUGCUUCCCCUUUUCUAUUGACGUUCUGAAUUGUUUACUGAUAGUUUUUGUGUCCAAAAAUUGCCAAUAAGUAGAAAAAGGCCAUCAACCAUAAAAUUACAUUUCAGAUUUUACAACUCCUGUUGCUGAUGAAACAUGGCAACUUUACAAAACCUAUCAGAGAAACCUGCAAAUUCAUAUUUCAUAUUUAAAGUAUUUGAAGGGUCCAGAAAUACAAGAGGGAGAACAAUGAUGCUUGAUAAUUAAUUUGUUUUUUUUUAAUUUACUGAUGUUUCCAGUAUUUAUCUUGUUUUUUAUCCAACUGUCAAUGUAUUUGCUGGCAUUGCAGAGUGCAAUUUCUUGUGAUAUAAACAAUGGCCUAGAUUUAUUUUAUUAUGUAAAAUACAAGUCAAAGGUAUAGUAAUUCAAAGGAAUGGAAAUACUUUUCCAUGCAUGGAAAAAAUGUGAGUAUGCUGGCAAGUCCAACUCCCAUUAAACUUCAGUGGGAACUGGACUGAGCCCAAGAUCACUUCAAAUGUUCAGAUGUGAGCUCUUUACUUGGGAUACUAUACAUUUCUUGCUCAGCUAUAAAAAUCAUUCUACCUUGGAUAUACCUUUAAAAAAACUAAAAAAAACCCCAACCCCCCCUCCCCAAAAAACCCUUUUCCAUCUUGCACACUCACCCCAUGUUCUCUCCCAUCCCUAUCACCUCAGUGUUUGAAGGGUUCAGACACUUGUAUAUGACAGCUGCAGGCAUUAUUAAUAUAUCCAGACAUGGAAAAUGUUUUAAUUUUUGGUUCAUAUCAAAAGACCACACAUUUAAGGGAGUCUUAAUUCAGACUGUAGUUCUGUGUCCCCAUAAUUAAUUUUGUGGAGGUAAAAAAAUUGUGAGAAGUGAUGGCAUGGAGAGACUCUGGGAUAGAUGCCCUACCUUCCUCCAGUUACAGUGUGGGUGAUAGCCCACGAAGAAGCUGGAGUAGUAACAGGCCUGUUAUCUUUCCAUAAAGAUGUCAGUAGGCAAAAAGCAGAUGACUGGUCUUCUUAAAAUAGUUAACAGCAGGAGAAGCCUUUUGAGAAGGGGAAAUUGCUUGGAGGGAUUUCCAUGAGUUUAAGAGGCCUUCAAACUUUGAAUUAUUCUCUGGAAUGCAAAUUUGGGGAGGCUCUGAUCAUUGAGAAUUUUAUUUUUUAAAAACCCUAAAGCUCUCAAAGGUGCCUAAUAAAACUUUUGGGCAGUUUCUCAGCUUUUUGAAGAACUGACAUUGUUUUGUUUUGUUUUCCCCCCCAAAAUUAAUUGGCUUUCAGCUUUCCCAAAAUACAGGCAGUCUGGGUCCAGCAAUCUGGUUCAUCUCAUUUCUAGUUAAAGGAUAAUUUUUGUGGAGCCCAUACAUAAAAGAACUUUAAGUUAACAGUCAGAAUGUCAAUGAGAACACAUUCUGAGUGGCUGUAAGUAUGCAAAGCGAAGGGAAAUUGAGUGGCAGAUAAACUGCUCUUUUCAAGUGACAGGGACAAAGUAGUGAAUUUUACAUUAUGCGUUAAUAGAUAGGAAGUUUGGUCCAGAGGCACAGAAUGGGGAGUUGAGAGAGAUUCCUAGCUCCUCUGAUGACCUGUGUGACCUUGGACAAGUCACUUUACCCUCUUUGUGUUUCAGUCUCCUCAAAUAAAAAGAGGGUUACGAUUCUUGCUUUCUAUUGUGAUGUCCUUUGAGAUAUAUAGGUGAAAGUGCCAUCUAAGAACUUGGACUUAUUACUUCUUGUAGACACGCAGGCAUACACUGUUGUGCUGUAAGAAUCACAGCUCUGUCAAAGCUGCACAAAGGAAGGCUGUACUUUGUACCUG